CUUCUAUCUACAUCCUAUACUGUUAUCGGGCCACUUGUCGGCGUUGGACCRAUGUAGUUUGUUUUGUUCGCGUACCAACGACGGUUGUACGAAAGAAGUCGACAAAAUCAAAAACAGAAAACGCAAAAAAGAACAUUGUCAUAAAAACGAGAAUAGCAUCGACAAGACGGAAGAACCAUGACCGUGGUGAGUGCGCAGAACGCUCUGGCAAAAGCCGCAACCAAAUUGGAGAAACACAUAAACCUGUUGAAGUAUACGAUAUUCUGCCUGAGCGUCGUUAUCUGGAUAAUGGGAAUAUUUUUAUGGGGCUACUUGGUGUACUCGAGGCUUGACACUACUUUACAAGAAUGGGUCGACGCACUUGAAAUCUGGCAAGUUUAUUUGGGAAUGUAUGUGUUGAUAUUUGCGUCAAUCGUGGUAAUCAUUGCUCCAUUUUUGUCAUGUUUUGCCGUUUAUCARGAGUUAAGCCAACUACUCAUGGCAGUCUUGUUAGAUUCAUAUUGGUCAGGAGGAGUGCGGUGAAGAAUUUCAGAACCUUAUCUUUUAUAGUUAGUUC